AUGGCGGCCUCCACCCUCUCAACUGGCGGGAUGAUCGAUCCCACCAAGCAAGCCGAAUAUCCCAUCAUCCUGGGUGACCGACUGGCAGGAAAAAUCGACAAAUCUCACUCACAGUUAAUAAACGUCCAAUAUAAUUACAAGACCAAGGCGGCGACUUCUCAGCAGCGGUCUGUUAUCACCAAAUCCCCACACUCUCGGGACCACUUCAACCUGAAGAUUACCGAUAAAGCUCCGAACGCGGAGCAGAAUGCCUUGACCUACACCUACCAAGGCAGCGUGGAUCCAGCACAGAGCGUCUCAGAAUCAGGGCGCCAUAAACUUGCGCUUGUAUUUGACGCGACAAAGAAGGCCUUUGUGCUGGAGCCUAUUGCUACCCAGCUCAACUUCAAUCUUCGCUCAGCCCCGGCCAAAACACAGAAGCAAGUCAUUCAACAGUACCCCCAACUCAGGACCUUACAAGAGGAUGAGCAUACCUCUGGAGAUGAUCGCGGGUCGGAUCAGGCGAGCGGAAAUGACGAUGGGCCGGCCGACGACGACAAUCCCUACGAUUACCGCCACUUCCUCCCCAAGGAAACGGAUCAUUUAGACGACGCCAAGUCGGGCUCAGGAGAUGCGACGCCGGAACCAUAUACCAGCACGAGCAAGGUGCCGACUCCGCAGAUACCGGCGGACAAACUUGCCCCAAGCCCACGGCCUCGCCCUAAGGCCCAGACGAACCCCCUCCGCCAGAAGAAGCCGGCAGCGGAUACUCCGCGGGCGAGUAAACCGGCUCCUGUAAAAGCGCGCGCGAAAUCACCUGCUAGAGUGGCCGAAAAAGAGGAGGAUAAUAAUAGAAAUAAAGGGGGAGAGGAACAUGAAGCGGAUGAGAUUGUCUUCGAAUCAUCCAAAUCCUCGCCUUCAGAGACAGGGACAGCUGCAGUCUCGUCACAGAAAACCGUCGCAUCACCUGCGUCCAAUAUCAUCAUUGACGGCGAUCUCAUUAUUGAUAUGGGAUCUCCACCUCCUGCUCGCCCAUUCAAAGUUAAUCCCGCUCAUUUCUCGUCAAAUAACACACCGGCGAACGAUGAACAUGAAGAAGACGGUUACGAGGACAUCGAGGAUCUGCGAUUGCCUUCGCCAGUUCCAGCAGCCCAAAGGUCGGAGCCCAUUCCAGAUAUCCAAGUCGAGGGCGAUAACAACAGGGGUCAAGAGGAGGCGGAAGAUGAAGAUGACCUGUUGGCUGCAGAGAUGGAGGCUGCGUUUGAGGAAGAAGCCCGAAGCCAACAGUCCCAGGCGCAGAUCCCAUCGCAGCAGUAUGUUCCCAGUGAUGAUGAAAGCGAAGUCAGUGAGGAGGAAUGA